GCGACAUUCGUUCUACUAGAGGAUAUACCUCUCAGUAUAACCUCCAACAAUCCCUUGUAGCCCAAGGUUGAAAAGAUUCGUGUACCGUUGGCCCGGGCGCCGCUUAGGCCACAGGGGAGCCACACCGUGACUUGCGUGACGUUGCGCGUUGCGCGCAACGCGUUGCACGCAACGGCUCUCCCCGUGGAUCGGACUUUCUGGACAGCGCUCACUAGGUACGAACGACUCGGACUCAGAGACGCCUGUGCUUGUCCCAGUCUCUUCCACUCUCUCAUCCAAGUUUGCUUUAUUAACGGGAAUCUGACACUGGGACGCGAAUAUAACAUCAUCACCCAAUGGAUAACGAUUCAGCAAGCUCUAGCAACCCUGCCCCGCGAGGCAGGGGCCGAGGGAAGUCUCGAGGCGGCCUGGGGAAGUAUCUACGCGCGCGAGGAAGAGGCCGUGGUCGUGGACGUCCAGCCGAGUUCAGACAACGCUUGCUUCUUGAGGAUGAGAUGCCGGAAGAUGUGGACGAAGAGGAGCUAGCGGAGACGCAGCGGAAGUACGCGCGGAGGCAGCUUGGGACGAACGCAGAUCGAUAUCAGGAGCCAGAGGCGGAGUUGGACUCGGAAGGCGAAGAGGUCGUUGAGCCCGAGGUCGACCUAUCUGCUUUCCUCGAGCGUCAGCGACUCUCACCGCAAGAGUCCUCCGCGCCACCGCCACCUGAGGAGGACCCAGAGAUAGACACAAGCGUCGUGAAUAUGCUCCCCGGAAGGCAAGGCGCCACAGCUCAGUCAAAGAAGGGCAAGGUGCAGCAGGUUGAGUGGGAUGAGUCGCUGGAGGAGCUGAGCAGGGAGAAGGCAGCGGCCGAGGCGAAGUGGGACUUGAAGUCGCGCUUCCGUGCUUCUGCAGCCACGCAACGAGGGACACCGGUCGCUAGAGGCAGAGGUCCUGGUCGGGGAAAACAUCAUGAUCGACUCGUAGAAGCCCCACCGCUUCCGACAGAGCAAAAGCCCAAGAAACCAGAGAAAGAGGACAUGCAAGACUUCCUCGACGAUCUGCUCGCAUGAUACGAUUGCUCGACAGCAAGCCGUUCGAAACAUAGGCACUCACCGGACACAUCUGCACCCUUCCCUGGAUCGGCUACGCCUCCCGAG